GGCACGGCGGCAGCUCGGGCGGGCGGCGGCGGCGGCGGCGGCGGGAGCGCGGGGGGCGGCGGCGCCGGAGCGGACACGGAGCUGGCUAGCAGCAGCCGCGGCGACGCCGCAGGGACCAGAGCCCAGGGUCAGCCUGGGGUCCUAACAGCUGGCACACACUCUCCCAGCUCUGACCCCCACCCCUGGUGUGGAAGAUGCCUGAGCAGAGUAAUGACUACCGGGUGGUGGUGUUUGGUGCCGGUGGCGUGGGCAAGAGCUCCCUGGUGCUGCGCUUCGUGAAGGGAACAUUUCGAGACACCUACAUCCCCACCAUUGAGGACACCUACCGGCAGGUGAUCAGCUGUGACAAGAGCGUGUGCACGCUGCAGAUCACUGACACCACAGGCAGCCACCAGUUUCCGGCCAUGCAGCGGCUGUCCAUCUCCAAGGGCCACGCCUUCAUCUUGGUCUUCUCAGUCACAAGCAAGCAGUCUCUGGAGGAGCUGGGGCCCAUCUACCAGCUAAUUGUGCAGAUCAAGGGCAGCGUGGAGGACAUUCCAGUCAUGCUGGUGGGCAACAAGUGUGAUGAGACACAGCGGGAGGUGGACACCCGCGAGGCCCAGGCUGUGGCCCAGGAGUGGAAGUGCGCCUUCAUGGAGACAUCAGCCAAGAUGAACUACAACGUCAAGGAGCUCUUCCAGGAGCUGCUCACGCUGGAGACACGCCGGAACAUGAGCCUCAACAUCGAUGGCAAGCGCUCCAGCAAACAGAAGAGGACAGACCGCAUCAAGGGCAAAUGCAUCCUCAUGUGAGCCUGGGACGCCCGCCUGCAGCCAGCCCCUGUCCUGGCCCCAUGCCUCUCCCACAUCGCCCUGCAGCCACUGCCUUCUCCUCCUCUCCCCUUCCUUCCCCUCCUCCCCUCCUCUCUCUUCCCCUCUCUCAUCACUUCCACGUCUCUGCCGUCAUCCAACAUUCCUGAUGGGGACGCCGAGGCCCUGAUGAGCCCUGCAGGUCUGGGGCUCCAAGCCAGCUCUCUCAUAUCCCUCCGCCUUCUGCCCCAUCUCUCUACCCCACUCUCCUGUCUGUACUCCCAAAGCCACGUGCUACAUGUGACCCCCUCGAUCUGCACACGGGAAAAUGGGAGAGCUGCCUGUCCCUGUGGGAUCGAGGACACUGAGUUUCCCCAUCUCCACCUGUCUCCAUUUUGCCAGGACCCCCAUGUCUUCCCCUUUCCCUCGUGUGCCCCCAGCCAGUCCUGUGCUGCCCCCACCCAUUAGAUCACUGUGACCUUGCCAGGAAGGGAGGAAUGGAAGUGCACAUGGACCUCAGAUUUUGUUUUCUCCUAUUCGGUAUUUAACAUACACUCCCUCCAACCCCCACCUCUGUUCCUUAUGACCUCUGGCCUGUGCGCUCUACCCUGGGCCCCAGACCACCCUUCUCUGUCCCCACAGCUUGGGGUGAGUGGCUUGCAGGAUGGGCCUCAGGCCACCAGGCAAUAACCACAGGGCCCGCAGCAGUGCCCUACCAGCCAGGAACCCCACUUCUCUCACAGCCUGGGCCUGAGGUACAGGCAGGGGAGACCCAGGACUGGCUGAUGGCCACAGAACAACUCGGGGACUGCCUGACAUGAAAGGGGGGGCCUUCCUGGACACAACUCACAGAGACUGGCACAGUGUGUCACCCCUGAGCCCUGAGCAGGUGUCUGGGGUCCUGGGUGGGGUGCCUGGGACCCCACCCGGUGGCAGGUGACUGGGCUCACCAUCAGCAGGAUCUGAGAGGGCUUAAGGUAGAACUCUGCCAAGCCCACUUCCUCCCACCACCUGCACCCCAGAAAAGGGACCCCCCAGGAUGGUGUGUGUCCUGGAGUCAAGGUGUCUCUGCAACCAUGAGAUUCGGCGUGUUUUGGUGUAUGUGUCUAGAUAACUCUAUACUCGUGGGACCCUGUGGGGCUGUGUCUGACAAUGAAGGUGACUCGUAGGCCUGGGUGUGGGGAGUGACCAUGGGAUGGUGUACUUGUGCAAAUUGCUCUGUAGGGGCCAAUGUGUCUACACGUGUGUCCAUGUCUGUGCCUGUGUUUGUGUCCAUCACCAGGGUGGUACUCACAUGAGACAGAUAGUCUGUGUAUAUAAUAACAUAGGGUGGGUAUGUUGUGGCCAUUCACAGGUCAGGACACUUGUGGUGUAACAGCACGCGCGUGACCACAAGUGCCUGUGUUUUCCUGAGUGGGUGAUGGGAUUUGUCAGAAAGCAUCUACGGACCUGCUUGUUCUUGCCGUGUGAGGCAGAGUAAGCCUGUCUUACUCUGUAGCAAGGUGUCUGUCAGUCAGCUACUGCUAUGUAACAAAUGACCACAAACUCAGUGACUUGAAACUACACACAUUUAUCAUCUCCCAGUUUGUGUGGUUCAGGAGACCAGGCAUGGCUUAUCUGGGUCCUCUGCUCAGGGUCUUAGCAGGCUGGAACCAGAGUGCUGCUCAGGCUUCGGUCUCGUCUGAAAGCCUGUCUGGGGAAGGACCCACUGCCCAGCUCAAGCGCUUGUCGGCACCACUCCGUUCAGUUCUCUGUGGCUGCAGGACCCAGGGCCUCAGUUUUUCACAGGCUGUCUGUGGGAAUUGCCCUCAGGCCCUGGCCUCAAGAGCAUGGGGUGUCACUGGGUGUCAGAAAGCUGCAUGUGUUAUGUGCUUGUGUGUGCUUGUGCAUGCUGAGACUGAACUGCACGUGUGUGUGAGAGAGAGAGAGAAGCCAAGUGGCUGUCUAACCAUGUGACCACAUGGGACUGUAUGUGGAUAAGAGGUACUGUUUGUGUCCAACUUAGUAACAGCGUGUUUAUUUUUCUCUUUGUUCACGUGAUUGCUCACUCCACAGAUGUUUAUGGGGCACACUAUGAGAGAGAGGGCGUGUGUGACCGCCAAGCACAUGGACAGGCCCGUGGAAGGGCCGGUAGUGUUCUGUCUGAGCACAGCUGGGUCCCCUUACCCUGUGGCAGGUCCAGGGCCCACCGGCAGCUGGUGUUGCCCCUUCCCCAUCCUUAGAGUGGUUCCUGGGCCUUGAAGGUGCCUGAGUGGGUGAGGCUGGGCAGGGGUCUGCAGCCCUUUCUCAGGGACACACCCUGAUAGCACAAUCUCCCUGGGGCCCCGCCCCUCAAGGCUUCUUCCACCUCAGGCCCUACCCUGACCCUAGGGACAGAGGGGUUCUGCAGCAGGAGGGGAAAGAGCCUGCCCUGGCUUUUGGCCUUUCCUGCCUGGGUAUCCCUGGGUCUGGGGACCGUGCCAGGUGCCAGGCCAUGCUUGCCGUGAUCCCACCCCUGCCCCCUCUCCCUCCGCAUGUGGGUGCCCCUACCCCUCAUUGUGGGGUCUGUUUAGCAUUCGCUCUAGAAAUAGUCUUCCUGCAAUAAAGAAG